AUGACACCGUCGGUGUAUGCACGAGGAGUUGGCCAUCGGAGGGGCAUUGAUGGCGGCAACGGAUUGGCCACACUUGGGAGCCUCGAGUUGCUCGCUCAGGAUCCGCGUCCGACUUUUAUAUUGGACAUUGCCUCGUCACGGCAAGCAUCGCAGCCAUCGCCCAUUGUAUAUCGCAAUCCUGCUUUACAUGGUCAGUUCGCGCUCAAUGAACUCAUCUCCGGAAGAGCCAUCGGCCAUACGGACCUCGACUACAUUGGCUUCAGAGACUGGGCAGUGGACCAGCAAGAGCACAAGAACCACUGGUCAGCCCAGCCCCGACGCUCGUUCGCUGGCAUCUCGUGGAUCGCCUACACAGUGAGGUCGAGAUUCCGCAUCAUCAGUGGGCAACCCGAAGACAAAGCACUCCCUGAGGAUCCGGGCACCAUCUUCCAAGAAGAAGAUAAGCUAGGGCUACCACAAGACAGCUCCAAGUCGGAGCGGUCUGCUUCCAAUGGCCUAUCGAGAGAAGAGGAUUAUGACGAUGAAGAUAGCGCUUCCAUCACCUCCACUGAACGCCACGCUUUUGGCUGUACCGACCUUUCAGUCCCAGAGAAACGUUUCUCGCCCUUCGUGAAGUUUUUCCGUUCCGUGGAUUGGGGCUCGACCAUUCUGGGGCCCAUCGACGAGUGGCCUUUGCAGUUACAUCAGAUGUGUAACUUUCUUAUGAAUGAUCCCACGCCAGCAUACGUCCUUUGGGGCUCAGAACUAAUAGUCCUCUACAACGAAGCGGCCAUUUCGGUCCUCCUUGACAGACAUCCAAGAUGCAUAGGACUGCCGCUCCAGGAGGUAUAUCCUGAGGUAUGGGAUCAGAUCUCCAUACUUAUACGCAAGGUACAGAAGACUGGAAAGGCUGUCCGGGUAGAAGAUGUUCCUAUGUUACUCCAGAGACACGGACGCAUGGACGAAUGCUUCUUUUCCUUCCAAUAUCAGCCCAUCGCCGAUGAAAAGGGCUCUGUCCUUGGAAUUUAUGAGGGAUUCGUGGAUGUCACCAGGCAGAAUCACGCUGCCCGCAGGAUGUCUCUUCUACUCCAAAUCAGCUCCUGCUCGUCUGUUGCAAAGGACAUGUCAGACUUUUGGAAGCUAUUAAUCGAGGCUUUCGACACGAGCGAAGUGUUGCCAUUCGCUAUGCUGUACACCUUACAGGAUGUGCAACACACAUCUCUCGCUAGUGGCUCAGACGCCAGUUCCUCUGAUAUAUCAGAUACUGGAAGAUACUGCUCGUUAGAGGGGCAACUGGGAAUUCCGGAAGACCACACGACAUACGUGACCGACUUAAACCUGUCUGCUGCCGACUCCGCGGGAUAUGGGCCUGCGAUGAACCAAGCAUUAGAAGGACAGACUGUGUUCCUGACUAUUGAGGAUGGCACUCUUCCCGCAGCGUUUGUACAAGGUAUCGAUCGCCGAGGAAUCACUGCGCCUGUAAACACGGUCGUUGUGUGGCCAAUUUGUCCUAGGGACACAGUUGGCUUCCUUAUCAUGGGUCUCAACCCGCACCUGGGCGUAGACGAAAAUUUUAGGGGCUUCCUCGAUAUCAUGAGCAGGCAAAUUGCAACCUCAGCCGUGAUGCUUUUUGAAGAUGAGGUCCGGCAUAGAGAACGUGUCGCACAGGAACUUCAAUUGACAGCAACAGAGCUCAUGAGAAGCGAAACCAGAUUCCAACGUAUGGCCGAUAAUUCGUUGGUGGGCAUAUUGUCUGCGGAUCCGAUGGGAAACAUUAUGUACGCUAACCAGGCCUUCCACGACAUCACUAAUCACGAUCAAUCGGACAAGACAAUGCAAUCCUGGGUCGAAUUGUUUCGGGACGACUUCGUUUCAUCCCUUAAAGCUGCUUGGGAGCAACUUCAUGAGAACCGCGAGUCCAUAGCACUAGAAUACCCACUCAAGAAGCCAUGGACGAAGGUCAUCGGGUCAGGCCAGCUACUAAAAGGACCCACCUGGGUUCUCGUAUCUGCAUUCGUGGAAGAGAAUGCUGACGGCUCUGUGAAAGGGUCCCUAGCGAUGAUAACAGAUAUUUCUCAGCAGAAAUGGGCUGAAGAGCAUCAGAAGCGAAGAGUGGAAGAGGCUAUGGAAAUGAAACGCCAACAGGAAGCAUUCGUAGACAUGACUUCUCACGAGAUUCGCAAUCCACUCUCUGCCAUCAUACAAAGCGCCGACUCUAUAAGUACCACUCUGACAACCUGGAUUUCCUCUAGCGCCUCUCAGGAUGGCAGAAUCGUCACAAUAUCAAGAGAGCUUCUAGAAGAUAGUCUUGACGCGGCCGACACCAUAACUCUUUGUGCCCAACAUCAGAAGAGGGUCGUAGACGACAUACUCACGCUUUCCAAGAUGGACUCUGACAUGCUCCUCGUUACACCAGUGGACGUUGAGCCCCUUCAAAUUAUCAACAGCGCAAUUAGAAUGUUUGAGACAGAGUCCAUGAAAGAAGGGAUCGCCGUUGAGGUAGACCUCGAACCGUCAUUCCACCAAUUAGGCCUUCAAAACGCAACGCGAUCAAGUUUACCCGAGUCGUCGCAGAAAAAAAGAGUCACCAUUAGAGUGGGCGGCUCACUACAGAUUCCGGACGAUACCAAGAGCGGUAUCGAAUAUGUUCACCCGCCUGAAACUAUUAUUCCAAAUGCAUUCAUGGAAGGAUCCAGUACGGGAAGCCGCAUGUGUUUCAUGAGAAUUGCGGUGCACGACACUGGCCCAGGUUUGAAUCCUGCCGAAAGAGAGCGGCUAUUCAAACGUUUCGGGCAAGCUUCUCCCAAAACAGAAGUCGAAUACGGAGGCAGCGGUCUCGGCCUAUUCAUCUCCAAGAAACUCAGCGAGCUCCAGGGUGGUGGCAUCGGUCUCGCAUCAGAGCCCGGGUGCGGUAGUACCUUUGCUUUCUACGUACUUGUCCAACGACGGGAUCCACCCGUAUCAAACCUCGAUACCGCGAAAGGUAUCGCGCAAAACACGGCGUCCCUGCGAAAGCUCGCGCUUCCUAAACACCGGUUGAUUCACAUGCUCAGCAAUCCUCGGCCGUCUCCGCCUGUUCUUGAAGCAGUUUCACCCAGCGAACUACCCUCACAGAUGACUUUCCCAGUGGAAAAAACGCCAAUCCAACGCAAGCUUGCCAUCUUAGUAGUCGAAGACAAUCUUGUGAACCAAAGGGUGCUGUGCAAGCAGCUUCGAUAUUUGGGCCAUAUCGUCAAUGCGGCGAACCAUGGUAAAGAGGCUCUUGAUUUCCUGGAGAAGUCAAUAUACUGGACAGAGAACAAGAACAGUGGCGAGCCCCUCGAUAUCAUUCUGAUGGACACGGAAAUGCCGGUGAUGGAUGGCUUGACGUGCGCGAGACGGAUCAGAGAGGCUGAGAGUCAAGGACUCUCGAAAGGGCACGUGCCGAUAAUCUCAGUCACGGCGAACGCGAGGAGCGAGCAGAGUGAGAUAGCAGCGUCGGCUGGGAUGGAUGACGCCAUUUCGAAGCCGUUCCGCGUCGCAGACCUGGAGCCUAAGAUGUAUCAGCUUGUGCGCAAGUAUGGGUCGUGA